AUGUUAUUUGAAUUUAAUAAUGCUGAAUCUAUACUUAUUUCCAAAGAUGACAAAGAUACAGAAGAAGAAGAUAAUGAGUUUAAUAUAUUGAAAUUUAGAUUAUUAGUUAAAGGGAAAGAUAAUGAAGCAUUUCCUGCAAAAGUUUUAGAAAUUCAAACUAUUUUAUUCAAAGACUUUCUUAAUACUAUUCAACUUCAAGAAUAUAAUCAAGCAAAAGCUAAUAAAAAAAAUAUACAAGUUUUAAUUAAUUCUGAUACUGAAGUUAAUUAUACCAAGAAAUUUAAGCAAAAUACUAAUUCCAAAUCAAAGAUAUCUAAUUACAAAGCUGAUAAAGAUAAAUUACAAAUGGCAUUAAUUAUAUCUACUAUUCAUACUAAACAACAAUGUGAUCAAUGUCAAGAACCUUGUUGGCCAACUGAGAAUGGACAUAUUAAACUUACUGGAAAUCAUUAUUCUACAUGGGCUCGUGCAGUAACUAUGUGGAAUUAUAGGCAAAAUUCUGACUUACAAAAUCCAUAUUUUAUUCCUUUUCCAUAUAUUCCUUCAAGCUAUUAUUUUGCAAAUUAA